ACUUUUUUUUUUUUUUUGUUCUUAAAAUCCUUUAUUUGGAUGUUUUCUUGCAUGUCAUUGACACAUAGAACAUGGAUAACAUCUAGAAAAAAAUACUUACAAAAGGAAAAUGACUAUGAAGAAAACUAUACACUGCAGCAACUGCCGGUGGGCUGAAAUGGGUUAAUUACGAUAAUUAUUACGAGAUCUGGCGUGAACGCAACGAUCUGCUCCCCCAACCCAAAUCAAACACACCUGAACAAGCUAAUCAAGGUCUUCAAGAUUAGGAUAGAGAGUUAGAUGCAGGUGAGUUUCAUCUGGGCUGGAGGUGCCCGGACCUCCUUGGAUCUUUAAAAACGCGUUUCUUUUUGUUGCGGGAUUCAGUAGCACAUUCUCUGUGCCUCGUUAUUCCUCCUGAUUCACUAAUUCAGUGCGUUUUCUAGUAGCGUGCAUUGUGAGCUCGCAGGUCGAGAGGAUGACAGCUCGAGUGUUAUGCUCAUUGAGCGCUGUUUUAUUGUGUCUGUCUGCAUGUUUGAACACAAAAGACGCUGGAGUCGUAGGAGUGAACCCUGCUGCUGAGCUGCCCAAGCCUCCCGUGAAGCCUCCAGUGAACCCUAACGCCGAGCCGCCCAAGCCUCCAGUGAACCCUGCUGCAGAGCCACCCAAUCCUCCCGUGAAGCCUCCAGUGAACCCGGCCGCCGAGCCGCCCAAGCCUCCAGUGAACCCUGCCGCCGAGCCGCCCAAGCCACCCAAUCCUCCCGUGAAGCCUCCGGUGAACCCUGCCGCCGAGCCGCCCAAGCCUCCCGUGAAGCCUCCGGUGAACCCUGCCGCCAAGCCGCCCAAGCCUCCAGUGAACCCUGCCGCCGAGCCGCCAAAGCCUCCGGUGAACCCUGCUGCAGAGCCACCCAAUCCUCCCGUGAAGCCUCCAGUGAACCCGGCCGCCGAGCCGCCCAAGCCUCCAGUGAACCCUGCCGCCGAGCCGCCCAAGCCUCCAGUGAACCCGGCCGCUGAGCCGCCCAAGCCUCCAGUGAACCCUGCCGCCGAGCCGCCCAAGCCACCCAAUCCUCCCAUGAAGCCUCCGGUGAACCCUGCCGCCGAGCCGCCCAAGCCUCCAGUGAACCCUGCCGCCGAGCCUCCCGUGAAGCCUCCCGUGAAGCCUCCCGUGAAGCCUCCCGUGAAGCCUCCGGUGAAGCCUCCGGUGAACCCUGCCGCCGAGCCGCCCAAGCCUCCCGUGAAGCCUCCGGUGAAGCCUCCGGUGAACCCUGCCGCCGAGCCGCCCAAGCCUCCCGUGAAGCCUCCGGUGAAGCCUCCGGUGAACCCUGCCGCCGAGCUGCCCAAGCCUCCCGUGAAGCCUCCGGUGAACCCUGCCGCCGAGCCGCCCAAGCCUCCAGUGUGUGGCGGAAGCUGUCCUCAAAGUCCCCAUCGAGGUGACCAUGACGGACACGGACAAGGUCGCGGCCACGGCGGUGAUGGACAUGGUCACGGUGAUGGACAUGGUCACGGUGAUGGACAUGGUCACGGUGAUGGACAUGGUCACGGUGAUGGACAUGGUCACGGUGAUGGACAUGGUCACGGUGAUGGACAUGGUCACGGUGAUGGACAUGGUCGCGGCCACGGCGGUGAUGGAAAUGGGCAGGGUGAUGGCCAAUGUCAGUCAUAGUGUAUGUUUAUCAUCAAAAUAAAUCAUGUUUAGUGAAGUGUCUUUCUGA